AGAAGUCCACUAGUGGUCACGUGUGCUUGAGGUUGUAGCGCUGUUGGUUUAAUCAUGAAUUAAAAUUGAACGUUGUCAGUUACUGUUGAGGCUAGGGGAGAGAGGAGAGAAUAGGAAGUGACAAUUAUUUGACGGUUUUUUUGGAGGGUGAACUUCAACUUUAAGAUAGUUACAGAGAGCCUAUGGUGUAGAGGGUGGUUGCUGUUGACAAAAUAGGUUUAAGCUUGAAUAACUGGUUAAAGAGAAAGUUAAAAUGACUCGCGCUAAGAGGAUAUACGUAAAUUCUUCUUGGCACACCAAGUAGACUGACUACAGAGACAAGUAUUGAAGGUCCAAUGCGCAAUGGAGACAAGCAUUUCCUUGUUUAAUGCUAUCCAAAAUACUUAUCUAAAUUGAGGAAACGAGAAAAGCAACAAGUCAGGCAACAUGUAUAACGGCACCAGCAUCAGAGAGCCGACAGACAACUCAGUGACUCAUUUCCAACCCCUGCAAGACGGAGGCGCAUUGGAGUCUGGAUCUGAACCAACUAAUAAUGGGCAAGACUCCCAUGUCAAGCAAUCUGGACAGGCCAACGUCUUGGACCGCUUGUCUAGAACUGGUGUGCGGGCAUUCCCUGCCAGUGUCACUACUUAUGCUUCGGCACGCAGAUCAAGGCUGCAGAGACAGCCAGAGGUGUGUGACACCAACAGCAGCUCACCCGAGAGAGGCUCGCUCACACCCGCCAUGCGUAAAAUAUACUUGAAGGACUUAUUAUUGAACAACUCGUCCGGUGGAUUUGCGAAUGUUCUAUCUUCAAAAGGUUCCGGUGCGACUUCAAGGGAGAUUGGUGAGGAGGUGGUGGAAGGUUGGGCUCUGUGCCCCAUGGAGCAUGCAUGGAUGUUGUCUGUUGUAGAUGGAAACUAUGAAACCAUCAUGGACUUUCUUACCGAAGAUUCUAGUCUACUAACCAGGAAAGAUUUUGUCAGUGGGUUUACAGUGCUACACUGGUUAGCCAAAAGUGGCCAGGAUGAGACACUAAUACAAUUGCUUAGGCAUGCUGAAAAGGAGGGGAUUCCAGUCAACGUGAAUUUGAAGGGCAGUGGGGGGCUCACCUCACUCCACGUAGCAGCUAUGCACAGUCGAUACAUGGUAAUUAAAAUUCUAGUCGGUGCGUUCGGUGCCAAUAUCGAUGCCAUGGAUUACAAUGGAAGGAAAGCUUGGCAAUAUCUGAAGGGCAACGCCCCUGAGGAGAUGAAGGAGCUUCUUGGCACCUGGGAUGAUGAGCACCGUAGCGUGGGUCAGCAGAACACUAACAACAGUGCCACACUAGUGCCCAAGUCAGAAUUAAGUGAUGAGGAGAGAGACGAUCCAGUCUACUUUGAUCGGACUCGAAGGAAUGGCAGCUGGCGUGGCUCAUUUAAAAAGUUGUUGGCUCCAUUCUUGUCAUUUGUGAACAAAACUUAAAGGUCAGACGGCCACAUGUUUUCCCACGCGAAAUCAAGCGUUUUCAUCACGACUCAUUGAGCAUCGUUUGUAAAUACUUUUACGCACCCCUAGGCUUGGCGACAAAACUGAUUAUGGGCUGCAGUGGAACAGUUUUACUUUCAUCUUCAGAAUGUUCUGUUUUCAACUAUUGACAUUAAAUACACUGUUCUAAGGCA